AUGGAUCCAAUCGAUAUUAGUUAUUAUCCGAAGAUAUAUUCAAUUUUUCAGUUGGUUUCCGUUCCAACCACUUUUGUGAACCUCCUCGGGCUGUACGUCAUCUGGUUCGGCACACCGAAGCGCAUCGGAAACUAUAAGAAUUAUAUGUGCUAUUUACAAAUCAAUGCAAUCCUCUACGACCUGAUCCUCGUCUAUCUGAUUUUUCCGAUCUGCGCUAUCCCGGCUGGGGGCUGCUUUUCGAUGGGUGUGUUGCCGAAAUUUGGAAUAACUGCCUGGGUGCAGAUGUCGCUGGGAUUUGGGAUAAUGACAAGCUUCCUAGCUGCCAUUGCUAUUGCGUUUUUCUCGAGGCAGCAGGCGAUUUUGGAUGAAGGGCAUCGGUUGAAGUUUAGCAAGCGUACCGGAAAGCUAAUUUGCAUCCUCAUCGCCUUGCACCCUCUCUACUACGUGGUCCCGGCUGGACUGUGCAUACUGAUGCUCAAUGACGAGCAACAAGCCCAUGCUUAUCACUAUGUGACCCAUCCCAUCGUCAAAAACUUCAUAAGUCAGCCCAGUUACUAUGCACUGGAAGCUAAAAUGAGGUUUAUUACCGUACCAGCAGCGACGAUCUACAAUUCAGUGGUGUUUUACGGGUUUAUAUACCUGAUUGUCCCGAGCUAUCUCCAAAUCCAGAGUUUCAAAGUGGCAACAACAAGUCGGAAAACGCUGAAGAUGCAGCGAAGAUGGUUGAAUAGUUUGCUGGUGCAGACAGCCACCUUCUACUUCAUCUACAUGUUUCCGGCUUUUUGGUAUGCCAUUAUCUAUUACUAUGGGUGGUACUACCUGGCUGCUUAUUCGAUAUGGCUGACCAUCCUAUCGUGCAGCCAUGGCAUCGCGUCAACGAUCGUUUUGUUCAUCUUCUAUGGCAGUUAUCGAAAAUUCCUUUAUCAAUGGAUCUUGCAAAUAACGGUGGCGAUAAGAGGAAGAGAUCAGGAAAGGACAAGUAGCAUCUUUGUUGUCCAGCCAAGUCGUGUCGUGCUCGAAAUGAAUCUCAGGGUGACCAGGGAGAAA